AGCGAUUAUUUUUAUUUAUUGCUUUAAAAAUGAAAGUUCGGGGUGUCAGAACAAUUGAUAUAAAAUUGUAAAAACAUUAUUUCAUUCAAAUCUUUUAAUUUACUGAUCUGUAUACUCGACUUGAAGUAUUCGGUCGUCACAAUAAUUGUUUUUUUUUUAUUUGAAAUUAUUACAAUUUUUUGUAAGAUCUGGAUUGAUUAUGGUUCGUGAUAAAUUGCUUAUCGAAGAAUUCGUCAAUGCUGGACAAUAAAAGACCAUAACAGACCUAAACGUUUUCCAGUUGCACGUGGCUUGGAUAUACUCUCCUGAUAAAUUGCGGACGAUAUUUUAUGGUACCUGGAUUGGAGCUGCAUAAGUAGUUUAACUUUCAUUGAGGAUGCACAGCAAUAGUUAAUGAAAUUGUGUUUCGGAGUUCAUUCAAAUGUUCCGUAAUAAAUAGUAAAGUUUUUUUAUUUUGCAAAUGCUAGUAUUUCGUUGGCAAGUGGUUUUCUUCUUCAGUACAUCUUGCUAGCGAUUGAAAGAUAAAUAGCGAAAAAUGACUAUUGAGCAAAAGAGUGGCCGAUUCGGAUUACCGCUUUUAACUGUUGUGCUGCUCACGACAAUCGGUGCUACGAUUCCUGUAGGUUACCAUAUCGGAGUAAUUAAUAGUCCUGCCAAUUUCAUACAAGACUGGUGCAAUGAAACUAUCUACAACACGUACGGCACGUAUUUGUCAAGCAGUGAUAUGAAUAUACUUUGGUCAGCAGUAGUCUCAAUUUUUGUCAUCGGUGGUGCGAUAGGAUCUCUGGGAGGAUCAUGGAUGUCGGAUAUAUUGGGAAGAAAAGGAUGCUUCAUUUUAAGCGGAGCAUUGCUGAUAAUUGGUGCAGUAUUGUUCCAAUUUUGCCGCCUAGCAGAAUCUGUAGAAAUGUUGAUGAUCGGAAGGAUAAUUGUUGGACUGGGAUCUGGUUUGGUCACAGCCUCUCUCCCCAUUUAUCACACUGAGCUUGCUCCACUGGCUUUACGUGGUACCGUGGGGGUGUUUUGUUGUAUGGGAAUAACAGCUGGUGUCCUCGUUGGGCAAGUUUUGAGUCUUAGGUACACAUUUGGAACAGAAGAUUCCUGGCAUCACGCUUUAAGUGCCUACGCUAUUUUAAUUGUUAUUUGUUAUUUGCCAUGUAAAUGGUUCCCUGAAAGUCCAAAGUAUUUGUACUUAAUAAAGGGAAAUUAUAAUCUGGCGGAGAGUGUACUUAUGAAGCUGAGAGGUACCGAUCCAGAAACAGUAGAGCUAGAGUUGAAGGAGAUGGAGAACGACCGAAAGGAGAAAAGCAUGUCAAGAAGCUUAUGGUCGGUACUCACUGAUCAUUCAUUGCUAUUGCCAAUAAUAAUUGUUUGUACCUUCCAAGGAGGACAACAACUGUCAGGAAUUAACGCGGUCUUCUUCUAUUCGGUUACAAUCUUCCAAGAAGCUGGGCUGAAAAAAGACGAUGCUGAAUGGGCUAACUUAGGAGCAGGGUGUCUAAAUUUAUUAGCAGCUUCCUUCAGUCCUUUAAUUAUGACGAAAAUCAACCGAAGACCAGUGAUGAUGACUUCAACCUUGGCAAGUACAAUCGCCUUAUUCUCCCUAACGAUCGUAACUUACUACAUUGAUGCAGCUUCCUGGCUGCCUAUGGCCUGCAUAGCAUGUAUAUUGCUGUAUAUUCUGUUCUUCCAAAUUGGAAUUGGACCGAUUCCAUAUUUUAUUGGUUCAGAAAUAGCAAAUACUGAAUCUCGACCAGCCGUAAUGGCAUUGGGUAGUCUUGCGUCCUGGAGCUGCAAUUUUGCGGUUGCAAUGUUGUUUCCGACUUUACAAGCGGCCUGGGGAGCAUUCGUAUUUCUGCCGUUUUUCAUUGAUUGUGUAGUGCUAUUCCUAAUUACCAAAUUUUACCUGCCGGAGACUCGUGGACGUGAUUCUUCUGAAAUAGCACCUCUCAUAUCGAAAGGUUUUCAUUCAAAACCGAUAAGUUAAGCUUCAGACUUGGAUUAUUUGUAUUUGUAUUUUUUUCAAGGGGGUUAUCUAGUUAUUAAGUCAAACAACUUUUCAUCGUUAUUAAAUUUUUUUCCUGAAAACUGUUUUAAUUUGUAUUAUUUUGAUUAAUUCCAAAUGAUAAUGCCAACCAACGAUAUCGGUUUUAAGCGUGACUGUGUUGAUUUAUGAUUGUUUCUGGAUUUGUAUGUGGUGGCGUUUAAUAUAAAG